GGUCAUGAUGCUCGCACGAUGAGAACGAUCAGCGUUCCGCAAAGUUCGCCAGUCAAUAUCUGAUAUGGGAGUACCGCCUCAGCUGGAUCAAUCCCAAGAGAGACCACGUCACCAUGUUCGCCAAUGCGCUCAAGUCGUUCUCGAGUAACAUCACCAGCAAUUACACCCUUGGCCCUCAGCCUAUCUCAAUAGCUGGAGCUUGGAAGAUCUAUGACGCCAAAAGUAAGCGCACAGGCAAGGCAGCUUCGGUCUUUGUGUUCGACAGAAAGAGCUUGGACGGGUCCACUGGCGGUGGUGGCAGCGGCGGUGGGCUCGCUGGACGGGGCGGCGGCGUAUCGCUGAAGCGCUCCCAAGAUGAGGUCGUGGAGCGAUUGAAGAAGGAGGCGAGCAGUUUGGCGCGUCUGCGGCAUCCAUGCAUUCUCGAGCUUGCUGAGCCUGUCGAGGAGACGAGCCGGGGCGGUCUGAUGUUCGUAUCAGAACCCGUUGUCAGCAGUCUAGCUGGCCUGCUGCAGGAUCAGGACGAGCAGGCGCGCUCUGGAGGACGCACUAGCCGCUAUGUCGUUGAAGAGUCGGACGGCACGCCAAGACGAAGAGAGCUGGAACUCGACGAGCUGGAAAUACAAAAGGGACUUCUGCAGCUUGCUAAAGGCCUCGAGUUUCUCCAUGAGAGUGCUGGAUUAGUCCAUGCAAAUCUCACUCCUGCCGCUAUACUGAUCAAUGCCAAAGGCGAUUGGAAGAUCUCAGGUCUAGCAUUUUGUGGUCCUCACGAGAGCAGCACUUCCGCCACGUCCAUAACGCCCAUAAGCUUGCAUGAAGUGCUGAAUCACGACCCUCGUCUGCCGAGAAGUGUUCAGCUAAAUAUCGAUUAUACAUCUCCAGACUUUGUUCUUGAUAACACUCUUACUUGCUCUGCAGAUAUGUUCAGCCUUGGUCUUCUGAUCAUCGCGCUGUAUAACAGUCCGCACACUUCACCACUCAGCACAGGCGGAUCCUUAUCAUCCUUCAAGCGCGUCUUCUCGAGCUCAUCGACAAUACCGUCGCAGAACAAUAAUUUCCUCAUUCCCGCAUCUCAUCCCAUCCCGCAAACUCUGGCCUCCGAGGUCCUCCCCCGACUGAUCACUCGACGACCCGCACAGAGGCUCACCGCCAAAGCCUUCCAGGAAGCUAGGUAUUUCGACAAUAUAUUGGUUUCUACUAUGCGUUUCCUGGAUGCUCUGCCCGCCAAAACGCAAAAUGAAAAACAGGCGUUCAUGCGCGGUCUCCCAAACAUCAUGCCGCAAUUUCCGAAGAGUGUGCUCCAGAGAAAGGUGCUGCCUGCAUUGUUGGAAGAGAUGAAGGAUAAGGAUUUACUUGCCCUGAUCCUCUCGAACGUGUUAGCCAUCAUUCAAGCGAUGCCCGCAGGGAAACAGGUAUUCACAGAAAGGGUCGUGCCAAAGCUACGAGAAGUGUUCUUGGCGAACAAGACUGCGGAGAAGGACACUUCGAGGGAAGGUGCCUUGAUCGUACUGCUCGAGGGAAUGAAUAUAAUAGCCGAGAAUUGCACAGGGAAAGAAUUUCGAGACGACGUGCUACCCAUCGUUCUUGUUGCAAUGGACUCAACAACGCACGCACUCGUCGAUGCCGCGCUUAGCACGCUGCCUUCAUUACUCCCAAAUCUGGAUUUCAGUACCAUUAAAAACGAGUUGUUUCCGAUGAUUGCGCAAGUAUUCGCGAAAACCAGCAGUUUGCAGAUCAAGAUCCGAGGGCUUGAGGCAUUCUCUACCUUGUGCGGAGGCGGUCACGACGAUGGUGCAAACGAUGACCUCAAUGGCAUCGGCAUCACGGGAAAGAAGGCAUCAACCAGUAGCAUCAUACUCGAUAAAUACACAAUUCAAGAAAAGGUGGUCCCUCUUCUCCGCGGCAUCAAGACUAAGGAACCCGGGGUCAUGAUGGCAGCUCUCAAUGUCAUUCGACAGGUCGGAGAGGUGGCAGACAUUGAUUUUCUAGCCAAGGCUGUGCUUCCACUACUAUGGGAGUGGUCACUUGGCCCGUUGCUGAAUCUUGCGCAAUUCGAGGCGUUUAUGAAACUGAUUAAGAGCAUGAGCGGCAGAAUAGAGGCAGAGCAAACCAAGAAACUCCGAGAGUUGUCGAGCAGUGACAAUCGUGGCAGGCGCUCUGCAGCAGCGCACAAAGUCGCCGCUGGCGGCAUUGGAUCCUCUGGUGAGUUGGGUGACGACGCGCAGGCGAGCUUCGAGCAGGUUGUAUCUGGGCGCAAGCAGGAGGAAGCAAAUGCAAACCGGGAUUUAAUGAACGAUUGGAACUCAUCAGCGCCGCAAGCGCAGACAUCCUCUUCCAGUGGAGCACCUGCCUUUUCGUGGCAGGCAACAUCUGCUAUGCCAAACAGAUCGACCACGGCGCUGCGCCAAUCCCACGUGCCCACACGUACAGUGACACCGGAUCUUGCGACCUUCAGCACACUUGUUCCUUCCAGUCAAUAUUCUAAUCCUCUUCAACUCCAAGCACAUGGAGGACUCUCCAAUAACGUCGCAACACACUCGACGGGUUCACAGGCUCCAAGAGCGAAUGGCACCAACGUCGGCCUCGACUGGUCUGCUGCGGCUACUCGUUCGACAGCAGCAGGGUGGUCUGCACAGACGACGUCGAGCUCUGCUGCUGCUGCUGCUACGGUGUCGCGACCAUUUGUCGCAAGCCAAAGCUCGUUUUCUAUACCGCCUCCGCCUAUCAGCCCACAAGCACUGCACAACGGAUACAGUGCACCUCCGGGCAACUCGAUGCCGCGACAGGCGCAGCAGCAGGUAUCAGCACAACCGCAGCCGUGGCAACAGGCUCAGACUGGCGGAGGUCUGGAAAAGUACGAGAGUUUAUUGUGAUUAGCGACAUGGGGGACUACGAAAGACUAAAUCACAACAAAUACCAAGUGUGACGUCUGUUGGCGAAGAAAGCUUGGUGCAUGACAAGUCGCAUGUUUCACGAAAUGACAAGUGACAAGUGACAAGGCUGCCCCCGUCGGGCCGCCCAUGCACUUGCAGCGAUAUGUUGCAGAUUGUGUGGCUCGUGGUGAUACAGAGUUACAGACAGUGCAGUGCUCCACAUUUUCAACAGCAAGGACCAGUAAUGCAAGCAAGGCCAGGCUCAAGCAUUGUUGCAUUCCACUGCAGCCCACACGUAUGCAACUGACAAUGGAGAAGGGGGAAGGGCAUGUGGGCACGACGGGCCAUAGAAUGGAUUGAGUCAGGACUGCGGCAGGGCAUGCGACGUCUCAGCACCACAUUUGACCAUUUGAUGCGCCACCCCAGAGUCGUGGACGGUGGUGGUCGCGCGCGAGCGAACGAACGUCGAGUCGUUCUCAACGUAGGAUGAUGAUGUGGGUCCCGCGGCGUACAUUACCUUUCGUUUAGUUUGCCUGACGAGGGAAGGGGGGAUGGGGCCCUCCGUCGCUGCCGCGGGAAGGAUGUUUGAUUGAGCUCAGAACCGCUUUGUCAGCUCACGUGAGGCGUCGCAUCGCGCUCUCAGACUCUCCGCGCACGGGUUCGCGGGUCCCAAAAUAGUAACGGCGCGAACUCUCUUCCUCCCCACGACCUCUCUCCCGGAACGGCCAGGAGUUGGGAGGUACUGUACCUCCUAGGACCUCAGGUUCAAGCUCAUAAUUUAAAUGUCAGUUUCAUUAGAGCUAUGCGCACGGCAACGCUCGGAUGGUGAUACUGCUGGGGCGCACAGACAGGCGGUACGGCUGCUGCUUCCGGCCUGGACAGGUUUGGUGAUGAGAGUGUGAGAGAGCUGUGACUGUGAGAGGGACGGGAGUCCGCUCGCACUCGCACUCGCGCUCCCACAUCGCAGCGCUGAGCUUGCUUGCUUGCUUCGAGCUUGAUACACGCUCUGACCGUUGACGUGCGGGUGCGCCUGCCUGUCUGCCCACAGUGCCUGCCUGCCUGCCUGCCUGCCUGGCACCUGGCACCUGGCUCCUGCCUACUAGCACCUGCCUGCUUUCCCAUCCUGCCUGCUUGCUUUCCCCAACAGCGCCACGUGCCUGCCCUUCUUGUUUGCGCGCUGUUUCAGCCGGCACCGGGUCCUGGCCGUCGCUCAAAUGCAGUAGUGGUGAUGACUGUAUCACAGUCGUACUCGCUGCCAAACUUUCCCUCUCACUUUUUGUGUUCAUUCCUCCUCUCUGGACACUCGACCUUCCACCGCCUCAGACACGUCUCUGCGCCAUUGUACGACUGCGCGUCGUCUGCAGCCUCGAACAACAACAACAACAACAACAAUAAUAAUAACAACAGGAAGAGGACGAAGCAAGCAAGCAUCUGUAUCCACCACCUGCGCUUCUCUCACUGCCAUCCAUCAUCGACAUGGCCGAGUCCGCCGCCGUCGCGCCCGCGCCCGCGCAACAUGAGACGCGUCCUUCCAACGUCAAGAAACCCCGGGCACCCCGCAAGUCGGAACGUAUACAAACCGCCCUGCGAUCCUAUAAGGUCUUGAAGGACUUGACUCCCGAGCAAAUGCAAAACUUCAUGGAUUCCUAUCAGAUCUAUUCGCUGGAUUGGGCGGAUGAAAAAACAAUGAUUGCAACGCUGGGGUUCGACUACAAGCAGAAGGUCGGACAGAAGCUGGCAGACUACUACUGCGUUCUCAACCACCUCUGCGCGUUGGGAGAACUCGAGAAGAUGUACAUCCCGCCAUACCUGUGCGACAAGAACAUCAUCACAAACCAAUGGAUGUAUGAGGAAUCCGUUUGCAAGGAACUGACACUACCACCCAAAGCACGUGUCCUCGAGCUAGGCUGUGGCCGAGGACGAGUCGCCGCGCACGUCUCCCAGACGACUUCUGCUCAAAUCACAGGCUUGAACAUUGAUCAAGAUCAGCUCGCUAGCGCUCGUGAAUGGAACAAGCGCCAAGGCCUCAACAACGAGUUCAUUCACGCCGAUUUCAACGAACUGCCGCUGCCUCUGGAGUCGGAAUCCUAUGAUGCCUUUUAUCAAAUACAAGCCUUUAGUCUCGCCAAGGACCACGAGGCACUCUGCAAGGAGUUAUACCGACUGUUGAAACCUGGCGCCCGGCUGUCUCUUCUCGACUGGGUGAGUCUCGAGGCCUAUGAUCCUAAGAACGAGCACCACCAAGAGCUAUUCCGCAAGAUCAAACCUCUGAUCGGCGCCGUGGGUACACCCACUCCUGCAAGUCUUGAGAGUGCACUAUCCAAAGCCGGCUUCCGAGUUUUGCAAUCCAACAAUGCCAAUGUCGGGGGGAUUCAGGCGCCGCUGAUUGAGCAAGCUGACGGCUACUUCCGUAUGGCCCGCAAGGCUAUCCUGGGUGGUGUUCGAGUGGGGGUAUUUCCCCCUCAUUUCAAGACGCUGUUCAACCGCCUCACACAAGAUUGCGAUGCCUUUAUCGAGGCGGAUCGCGCAGGACUCUGCACCACGACGUGGCACUGGUUGGCUGAGAAGCCUCUGACCACGUCUUCGCCACCUAACGAUGACUCGGCAUAUGGAUCUUUGUCUGGGUCGCAAGAGGCUGUCAACUCGUCCACGCCGGCCGCGCCCGCCACGACCGCCACGCCUGCCACAGAUGCAGCUCCGCAGAAGGAGGUGCAAAAGGAGGUGCAAAAGGAGGCUGUCGGCAGCUCUCCGUUGGCUCAGUCCGCGUAACCCAAACCACAUUGCGAUGUGCAGAUGUCUCUUUUGGUCGUUUCAUGCGGUAUGAGAUGUGUGUGUGUCUCUCUCUCUCUCUAUCUGCGUGUGUCUGUGUGUGAGAGUGAGUGUGUCUGUUAUCACGGCGUGGGAGGUCCCGGCUACGUCGUAUACUCGUCAUCACAGCCGCGCUUGGAGGGAGGUGGGCAUAUUGGACUCUCGAGACUUGUAUUGACAUGGCGGGUACCCUUCUCUCUCUCUCUCUCUCUCAAUCCUAGCAAUACAUCUGUACGAUAACCUACCUGGUGAUUCCAGCUCACUCCAGCUCUACCUGCCAAUUACAUCGUACAAACUCACCUAUCGAACCUCGCUACUCUCAGGUCAGCAACAGUGGAUCGCACGCUUUUCGGACCUGGAUCGUUGCCACUCAAGCAUUUCCUACUUUCGAUAUCUACUUGGUGUAUAUGGACACGCCCAAUUUCUUCCAUCGUGUUCACACCUCUCGGCUUAACCGUUCGCGUUGAACUUGCCAUUGCCUCUCCGGUUUGCGAGUGUGUAUCGCAGCAGUGCCAAAGGGUGUGUGCAUGCCCUUGUGGCGAUGCUGAAAGUUGCCUUUCAGUCUACUAGGCCUCCUCAUUGUCCUUCUUGCCUUUCUUUCCCUUCUUUCCGCUGCCAGAAGGUGCCACUUCAGCAUUCCUCUUCUGGUGUACGAUGAACUUGGUAUAGCAUUCUUCUCUGUCCCACUCGAAGCCUGCGAGGUAGGGUGCUUCCAGCUCAUCGUCGGCCUUCUUCUUGAACUGCUUGUGAAUUGCAUCUAGUGCAUCUUUGAUUGUGACGCCUUUGGAGUUACGGGCUGUGACUUCGAGACCCAGCGGGAAAUGGAGAUCGAUCUUCUUGAUGGGUGGGUUGCAGAGCAGCUUUUUGAGGACUUCUUGGUCCUCGACUUUGGAUGGAGAUGUGUUUAACUUCCAUCCAAGCUUUUGGGUCUCUGGUGCAAUCUUGAGCUCCACGCCUUCCUUCUCAAGAUCAUUGAUGUUGAACACGCCGCUCACAGUGCUACUUGUCCUGCGGUGCCGGAUCUUGGACUCGGUAGGCGAGGCAGGUGCAUCAUCAAUGGCAGAGUCAACCUUGGACAAGGUGGACAAAGGUUCUUGCACUUCAGCGGACAUGAUGGAUGAUGAUGAUGGUGGUGAUGGUGAGGGUAUCGUUUGAAAGAGUGAUUGUGUGUGUAGGUGAUGGAAUGAUUCAGUAGUCGGUGAUUUCAGCAAUGGUGGUGAUGAUGAUCAUACAGCAGAGGAAGGGAGAGAGAGGGAGAGGGAGGGAGAGAGGAG